CAAACGGACAAGGCAGCAGUGAAGAGGAGCAGCCGAGGACUUGGAAGCAUUUCAACAACCUACAAAGUGACGGAGUAAACGAGAUAAAGAGGUCUGCGUGCUGACUAAAUAGCGACAAAGAGAGUUAGGUAUAAAUAGUGGUGAAGACAACCAAAGACAAAGGGUUAAAGAAGAGGCCGAGCGGUGAGAAGAAUCCUGACAAUGUCUUCAUUUGAGGCUCAGGGUCAGUCUCCUCCUCGAUGCGGCCCACAAUUCCCCAGCCUCGGCCAGGAGCCCCCAGAGCUCAGCAUGUACGGUGACUGCUACUACCCGCCUCCAUCGCUGCCGAGCCCUCAGCGCACCACUCCGACCUCAUACGACCUGAGCGACUACACCACCUCCUCCCCAAACCCUUACCUCUGGUUCAACGGUUCUGGGAUCAACACGCCACCUUACCUGGCUACCACCGGCCCGCCCGGUAAUCCCGGCCCUCCCUUCGUCCCUCAGCACUACGGCAUGCAGAGGCCUUACCUGGGCCCAGCCGGAGCAGGGGGUCCAGGAGGGGAGCUGAGCUGGUUCUCUCUGCCCUCACAAGAAGACUUAAUGAAGCUGGUCAGGCCUCCCUACUCCUACUCUGCUCUCAUCGCCAUGGCCAUCCACGGAGCGCCAGACAGAAGACUGACGCUGAGUCAGAUUUACCAAUACGUCGCUGAUAACUUCCCGUUCUACAACAAGAGCAAAGCGGGCUGGCAGAAUUCCAUCAGACACAACCUGUCACUCAAUGACUGCUUCAAGAAAGUGCCGAGAGAUGAGGAUGAUCCAGGAAAGGGCAACUACUGGACGCUCGACCCAAACUGCGAAAAGAUGUUUGACAAUGGAAACUUCCGCCGUAAAAGGAAGAGGAAGUCUGACUCCCUGUCUGGUGGUGAUGGCAGCUCAGGGGCUCCAGAGUCAGGAGACAGCGAGAGGGGCAGCCCUAAACACUCUGCCCUGAACAUCUCCCCCACAGCGGACAGGAUUCCCUCGCCCUCUUUGUCAGGCCCUGCGCCAUGCCUGAGCAGCUUCUUGUCCGAGAUGUCCGGAGUGUCCACUGGAGGAUCGAACGAGGUUGGAGGCGACGGGCUAAGCAGGCCUCUGCAGAUCAACCUUCCCUUGGAUGGGUCGCAUAGACCCCCGCAGCCAGGAAGCUUUAGUAGCUACUCCCCCAACUCAGGUGGCCCAGAGUGGGUACCGCAAGUUCCAGCUGCCCCUGUACUUUCCUCCUCGCCCACCCACUCCUCCAUAGGUUACACUAGCCCCAUCCUCAGCCAGUACAAUAGCUCCGGUGGGCAUUUCUAUCCCACGCUGGGAUCGACGGGAAUCAUCUAUCAUCGCGAGGGCACAGAAGUUUAAUAAGACAUUAAAGGGGGGGGGGAGGGGGGAGGGUUUGAAAAGACUCUUGGAUAGGAGUUUCAUUUGUUUUGUUUCAGAGAGAUUCUAUUGUACAAGACGACACACACGCAAACACCGAGCGUGUUUGCGCUGACUGAGAGGGUUGAGAUCACUAUAGCGUGUGACAGCAGCUUUGAUUCCCACAGAAACAGCCAAGUCAGCUGCAGCGGACGACGACUGUGGCUCCCUGAAACCGCAGUCGGCCCCGCUAUCAGAUCCUCAGUCAGCUUUUAUUCUAACUAAACCUCGCCUCUAUCAGAUCUGACUCAUUAUUAACAGAUCCUAGAUCCGAUCUGCUGACAUCAGGUCAUUCCACGCUGCUAUCAGUGACUCUUUGAUGGUAUCAUGCUCUCAACGCUCAGCCAGCACAUUUAGAGGUGUAGUUAAAUUACACCAUUGUCUACAUAUCGUGGAAAACGAUAAGCACAGAAAAGGGAAGACUUUCUGUCAUGAUGUUUUAUAGCGGUGAAAAUAAAUCCAAUUCCUCCAAUUCAUUAAUUAAUUGUACAUAUUUGUAUGUGUUGUGUCAUGUUACAAAUGUAGAUUGUUGGUUUUGCUGGUUCAUAAUGUGUGGUAAAUGCUGUACUGUAUACAGUAUGUUGUGCUUUUUAUAACAAUAAAGGUUUUAGAGUUAA